AUGAAAAACAAACAAAAUCCCACCACACCCGUACAAGCCCUUUUAAAGGCCCCUCUAGGGGGCCCCCCUAGGGGGGCCCCCAAGGGGGCCCCCAGGGGCCCCCUAGGGGCCCCCAAGGGGCCCUCCGGGGGCCCCCCAGGGGCCCCCCAGGGGCCCCCAAGGGGCCCUCCUAAGGACUCCUGCAAAAAAGAGAAAACUCGUGCAGCAAAUGAGGCACUGCAGCAGCAGCAGCAGCAGCACGAAACAGCAGCAACACCAGUGCAGCAGCAACUGAAACGACAGCAGCACCAGCGCAGCAGCAGCGAAAGCGGCCGCAGCGCCAGCGCAGCAGCAGCAGCAGCAAGUGAGUCUGCUGACCGGCAGAGUCGGGCUCCGAUGCAGCAGCAGCAGCAGCAGCAGCAGCAGCAGCAGCAGGAUGCUCCUGGCUGCGGCAGUGCCGCUUGGCCUUGGGCUGUGCUGCUUCUGCUGCUGCUGAUAAAAGGCGGACGCAGCUGGGGGCGGGGGCCUCUGAGAAAUAAGGGUGAGCUAGAGCUGCAGCAGCAGCAGCAGCAGCAGCAGCAGCAGCAGCAUGACAAAGAAUUCGUCAGCAGCAGCAGAAGCAAGACAAAGCAUUCGCCAGCAGCAGCAACAGUAAGACAAAGAAUUCGUCAGCAGCAGCAGCAGCAAGACAGAGAAUUCGUCAGCAGCAGCAGCAGCGGCAACGAACUAACAACAGCAGCAGCAGCAGCAGCAAGCAAAGAACAGCAGCAAAACCGGAAACCGCAGCAGCAGCAGCAACAACAGCGGUAG